UGAAAUUCCUGGUUCCUUCCUCUGUACAAAUGUAUUCUGUUAUCUUUGGGGUUUAGGGUGAAGAAGUGAAAGACAUCAAAGUUGAGGUUAAAGAGGAAGAAGAAGAGAGGUUGGUGAGUGGAGAUCAGCAGUCUAUGGAGGAGGGUUGUCCUCUGGAUUGCCACAAUUCUACACGGGAAGAUCUCCAAUAUACAGAGAAUGGGAGAUCAGGAGAUCAGAACGAAGAACGGAAAGACAUCAAAGUUGAACAUAAAGAGGAAGAAGAAGAGAGGUUGGUGAGUGGAUAUCAGCAGUCUAUGGAGGAGAGAGGUCCUCUGGAUUCCCAGGAUUCCACCCAGGAAGAUCACAAUUAUAAAGAGAAUGAUCAGGGUGAAGAACUAAAAGACAUCAAAGUUGAGCAUAAAGAAGAGGAAGAAGAGAGGUUGGUGAGUGGAGAUCAGCAGUCUAUGGAGGAGGGGGAGAAGAUUAUGGAAAGUAAACAGAAGGAAUCUUCUCUACAUAAGGACACAAAUGGACUCUAUCUAUGGAGGUCUACUGAGGGACGUCUUGUUGUAUCUCAAGGUUAUGUUGCAGAAGAUAAUGGAAUUGUACGAUAUUUUGUAGGAGGAAAUCUCUCUAAUUGUGAGGAACCUCCACAUACAUCCAAUGGUGGUAGUCAGGAUGUCCAUCUAAGACCUCACAGUGUGCCGACAUCAACAGAUCCAGCAGUGGACCCGUUAUCAUGCUCCGAGUGCGGGAAAAUCUUCAUUAUGAAAUCGGAGCUUCUUCGACACCAGAGACUUCACACGGGGGAGUGCCUUUAUUCAUGUUCAGAGUGCGGAAAAUGUUUUACUGAGCAAAAUCUGCUCCUCGUGCACCAGAAAAUUCAUACAGGGGAGCGUCCUUUUUCAUGUUCAGAGUGCGGAAAAGGUUUCUUUUCGAAAAGUACGCUGGCUAUGCACCAGAGAAUUCACACAAAGGAGCGUUUUCAUUCAUGUCCAGAGUGUGGCAAAGCUUUCAUUACCAAAAGUAAACUUGCUAGACACCAGAAAACUCACACGGGGGAGCGUCCUUAUUCGUGUUCAGAGUGCGGGAAAGCUUUCAUUGAGAAAACUAGACUUGUUACACACCAAAGAAUUCACACGGAGGAGUGUCCUUAUUCAUGUUCAGAGUGCGGAAAAUGUUUUACUGAGAAAAAAUUGCUCCUCAGGCACCAGAGAAUUCAUACAGGGGAGCGCCCUUUUUUAUGUUCAGAGUGCGGAAAAUGUUUCAUUGUGAAAAAAGCACUGGUUAGACACCAGAGAAUUCACAAGUAGAAGCGUCCUUAUUCGUGUUCAGAGUGUGGGAAAGCUUUCAUUACCAAAGAUAGACUUGUUAGACAACAGAAAAAUCACACGGGUGAGCGUCCUUAUUCAUGUUCAGAGUGUGGGAAAGCUUUCAUUGAGAAAAAUAAACUUGUUAUACACUAGAGAGUUCACACGGAGGAGCGCCCUUACUCAUGUUCAGAGUGCGGAAAAUGUUAUACUGAGAAAAAACUGCUCCUCAGGCACCAGAGAAUUUAUACAGGGGUGCGUCCUUUUUCGUGUUCAGAGUGUGGGAAAUGUUAUACUGAGAAAGCAAAACUUUUUGCACAUACGGGAAUUCACACGGGUCCUCAUUUAUGUCCAGAGUGCGGGACAUGUUUCAUUCAGAAGUCAGACCUUCUUCGACACCAGAAACUUCACACGAGCGAUUGCCCUUAUUCAUGUUCAGAGUGCGGAAAAUGUUUUACUGAGGAAAAAGUGCUCCUCAGGCACCAGAAAAAUCAUACCGCAGAGCGUCCUUUUUCAUGUUCAGAGUGUUCGGGAAAUGUUUCAUUCUGAAAAACGCACUGGUUAGACACCAGAGAAUUCACAGGGGGGGGGGGCGUCCGUUCUCGUGUUCAUUUUGUGGGAAAUCUUUCAUUCAAAGAGGAGUCCUUCUUAAACACCAGAGAAUUCACACGGGGAGCGUCCUUAUUCAUGUCCAGAGUGCGGGAAAGCUUUCAUUGAGAAAGCAAAACUUGUUGUACAUCAGAGAAGGCACAGGGGGGAGCGUCCGUUCUCAUGUUCGGAGUUCGGGAAAUGUUACACUGAGAAAGCAAAACUUCUUGGGCCCAAUUUGGACAUUUUCCCUUAGCGGUGUACUCACUUUUUUUGCCAGCGGUUUAGACAUUAAUGGCUGU